GGGGAAAUGCCAUCCUAGAUAGGCGUGAUUCUUCGUCCGUGAUGGGCGAUGCUGCUGUCUUUCAUUUCAAUCCACAUUGCUGUUUGGAUUGCUUUCUUUAUCGCCUACUUCUUUGCUGCGGGUUGGCGACCCUCCCUGCACCUACACCUGCCUACAAUGCUCUCUCUCUCCACGCUCGUCCUGCUGGCACCACUACUCUUCCUCCUCCGCAUAACCAUCUCCUACCUCUCUAACCCUGUACGCAAGAUCCCCGCCGCGCACCCUCUAGCUCCAUUCACGGGUCUAUGGAUAUCCUCAAUCCGUUGGCGUCAGAUCGAGAACGCUACGCUCAAGGAUGCUCACGACCGCCUGGGACCGAUUGUAUGCUUAGGACCGAGGGAGAUCAGUGUGAAUUGCGUCAAGGGCGGGAUUAAGGACGUGUAUGCCGGCGGGUUUGAAAAGAGGGAUGCUAGGAGUGGGUAUAAUUGGUAUGGGUUUUUUACGAAUUUUGGAAAUGGCAACAUGUUCUCCACGGGACUCAAUAAGCUGCAUUCGGCACGCAAGCGCAUGUUGAGCAAUAUCUACAGCAAGUCUGUAGUGAAUGCCUCGCCUGCGUUGCAAGCUCAGGUUUCCACGAUACUGUACCAAAGGCUCCUUCCGUGCCUUGCGUCCUUGGCCUCUGGCUCAGAGAAAGGUGUGUUUGAGGCAUCGAGCUUGUUAAGCGCAAGCACAAUGGAUAUCGUCACGUCCUAUAUGUUCGGUCUGAAAGCAGGCUCAAACCUGAUUGAGCACCCUAGCCAGUUGCUCUGGUUCCUGGAUCUCUACAAAUCUCGCCAUGGGUGGAACUUCUGGCCACAGGAGUAUCCGCGGUUGACGAGCUUUCUGAAGAAGUGGCUAGGUGUCAGGCUGUCGCCGAAAUGGGUCGAUGGAGCAAAUGCAGAGAUCGAGAAGUGGACCAAGAAUAUGUGCGAUGGCGCUGCUGGUAUAAUGCAGCAGGGAAGCGUAAAAACAGAGGAGACCCCAUCGGUCUACCAGCAGCUCUCAGCCGCCGUAGCGAAAGACGCCAAGAAGAACGAGGUGAGAGGUGUGGACCUAAAACCUUUGAUCGCAAGUGAGAUGCUUGACCAUCUUGCAGCGGGCUUCGACACAUCCGCUAUCACACUCACCUACGUCGUCCACGAACUGUCCACGCACAAGGAUAUCCAAUCUCGUCUGCAGAAUGAACUGCAAACACUCUCGCCACGGGUUAUCCCAUCUUCGCAGCCCAAUCUGCCUGAUCCGAAGACUGUGGACGCGCUUCCGGUCUUGCACGCUGUGAUUUGGGAGACACUGCGCCUUCACUCAGCGAUUCCAGGCCCUCAACCGCGAUUCUCACCGCCACAAGGGUGUCAGCUCGGUCCCAAUGGGGAGUACUUCGUGCCCGGGGGUGUCAGAGUCAGCGCGAGUGCUGGAAUACUGCAUCAAAACGAGGAAGUGUAUGAGCGCGCGAGCGAGUGGAGGCCAGAGCGAUGGUUGGAUCUCGACAAGGUCGAUGAGGAGAAGCGGAAGGACAUGGAAAGCAGGUGGUUCUGGGCUUUUGGCAGCGGUGGACGAAUGUGUGUGGGCAGCCACCUGGCGGUAUACCAGAUGAAGUACAUUGUCGCUGCGCUAUACUCGAACUAUAGCACGACUGUUGUCGAUGAUACUGGCAUCCAGCAGUCAGAUUCGUACACUGCCCCACCGAAGGGCGACAAGCUCCUCAUUCAGCUGGAGAAACUGGAGGUAUGAGCACGAAAGUUGGAAAGACGAUGUGAGUAUCAGUUAGGGUCUUCUGCAAGAGCGGUUUGCCCCGCUAUCAAGCAUCGUGGAAGCGGUACCCCGCGGCACAGAAGCUGAAUGAGUGAUGGCGUGCAUGCACGCUGUAGCGUGUACGUUUCGCGUUAUGUGCGGCAUCGGUCAAGCUUGACCCCCGGAGACUGCACAGUACUUCCGUGGUUUGUUGAGGACAUGUUGUGAACCAUAAUAACGUCGAGCGGGGUGCAGGAGCAUGACGCGGAUGCACAAUGUGGAGG